UUUGAGUGAAAAAUUUCAAAUAACGCAGUCGAUUUUAGAUUUAAUUAAGAUUUUGUGAGUUUAAAGCUGUUUAAUUGUGUUAAAAAUGGCAGAGACAAGAAAACUGAAGACUAUUGAAGAGAUUCAAGCUGAAUAUCUGGAAAUGUCAACAAAUAAAGGUCCAGAAACAGAUGCAAAGAAUCUUGCUAGUAAACUCCUUCAUAAUAACUAUAAAAUGUGUUUGUUCGCUAAAUUGUGUGAGCAGGAAGUAGUAGAAAGGAAGGAAAAUAAUACAAAUGAUCCAAAAAUUGAAUUGUUAAAGAAUGCAAAAGCUUCUUUGGAAAUGUUAAAGCAGUAUUACGAGAAUAUAAGAACUGAAAACUCAGAAUUGAGAGAUGAACGAAUGGAACUGAAGCUCAAACGAAAGCGCAAGAGAUACUUUGACAAGAACAAAAAUAUGUAUGUUGAAUAUCGCGAAAAAAUAUUCCCAAUGUUGAUGCUAGAUUGUGACAAAAAAGAAGAACUGAUAAAUGAACUGAACAAAAAUGCUUCUGGUAACAUUUCUGAAACGGACUUGAUUCAAGUAACAGAAGAACUCGAAAAAGUCACAAAAGAAAAUGAUCUUUUGGCCGAAACAGAAGCAAAUAUCAUCGAAGCUCGCAGACAAAAUGAAGUUAUUGAAGUUGAAACUUGUCGCAUUCAAGUUCGUAACAUGGAAAUGGAAACUGAAAUCCGGUUAUUCGAUGAAUAUCUCUUAGAAAAUAAGAUUACCGAGAUGGAAGAUAAAAUGAAGGACUCAAAUGCUUCAACCUCUAAGCCGGACAAGAAAAAGAGGUCGGAAUUCAAAAACCCAAAUGAUUUUCCAACAUUGCUUGACUUUCUUGAUAAAAGCAAGAAAUUUAAGCAAAAGAAGAAGCGCAAGCUCUUAACACCAGCUAAUCCACCAUCUAAACGUAGAAAGAAUAUGACUGGAUCUUAUUCUCAACACGAAAAGGACGGAAAGAAACCAAAUAUACAGCCAUCAUCACCAGCUCGUAGUUUAAAGAAUUCAGAAACUGAAAAAACUCGAGUUAUGGAAAGUAUUGGACUAAAAUUAAAUAUUAGUUCCAACAAUAAUUCUGGAAUGUUGCAACGAACAUAUGCAUCAAGAAAUCUUGGCAAACCGUCUACUAAGCCUCAAGUGCGUCGUUCACUUGAUCAAACGGAUUGGGAUCCAAGCGGUCCUCAACGUUAUCCUACAAUGACAUGUAGUCCAAGUUCAAGUUCUAAUUCUAGUAAUUCACGACCUGCGUUACAGCGUCAAAAAUCAUCAAUGAAUUUGUCAGAAAAGCCACAAACUCCAUCUCUUGGACGUGAAUAUCGUCCAACUAGACGUAAGGCUUAUCACGAAUUAGAAACAGAUGAAAAUGGACACUUACUUUUGCAAAGAUUCUCAUCUGGACCAUUGUUUACCUAUGAUGAUGAACCUCCGAAGUCACAGCCACCUAAAACAGUUCAAAAGAGUAAUGUUGAACCGAAAGUCAAGAGUCCAUUUAUACGACCAGAAUGGAAUGGAAAACAAUCAAAACCUAAACCUACAAAAAGUGGAUCAUUAGAAAGAAUGGAAACUAACAUGAAUUGUGCUUCAGUUUCAAAGCAGCCAACAGAACGAGGAUUACGUCCACGAAAGAGCUCAAAGUCACAAAAGAUCUCGCCUAAAAAAGUAUCUCCAAAAAAGGCUGAAAUGAAACAUGAUAAGAAGGAAAUCAUUCGUAAAAAAGUCAAGAGUCCAAAGAAAGAAGUAAGGAAAAGUCGUGGCAAAAAGAAGGCCAAUAAAGGCACUGAUAAUGAAAUGAUUGUAGAUGAAGACAGUUCAUCAACUGAUGACAAUAGUAAUGAAAAUCAAAUGAUUGUUGAUGAAAAUAAUGCAAUGACUUCAGGCGAUAAUACUGACAAAUUGAUGACUGUGGACGAAAAUCCAUUAGCUGCUGACAAAGUAAUAGUUGUGGACGAAAAUCUGAUUGUUGAAAAUUCAAUUGACUCAAAUUUGAAUGCGGUUGCACAACCAGAAGCUUUAAUUACAGAAUCGAGUGGAAAUAAUGGAAUGGAAGUUGAUUUAAAUGCUCAGAUUCUUCAAAAUGACGACACAAAUAUGCCAGAUAUAUCGUCAAACGAUGCUGAGGAAGUUAACAUGGAACAAGAAAGUCCUGCAGAUAAUAUCAGUAACAUUGAGAUAUUUGAUAUGGAAAUAGAAAAUGUCGAUCCGGAAGCUUCUCCCGAAAUGUCGAAAUCAUUUGAACAACUCUUCUGCACGAGCCCAAAUUCAUCAGGCAAUCUGGAACUCAAUAAAAGCUUUGAUUUUAAUUUUGAUAAUUCACGCGAAUUGAGCGAAACUGACAGCAGCGGCAACAAAGUCGUUGAUGACUUUUUCAAUUUUGAUAAUGGCACGAACGAUAAGGAUGACUUUUUCGGCGAUGGUUCGUUUAAGUCUAACGAAGGAAAAGCCGACGACUUCUUUUAAAAAAUACUGUGCGACUGGAAAAGACUUUUGCACAGACUUAAUUAAUGAACUAUUUGAUAUUAUAAUGAAUUAAUUGAAAUAUUUGAGAGAAAUAAAGGAACUAAGCAUUUAUGCUUUAUUUAAUUAUAAAAACGUUAUUUUUUUUCUGUAUACAAAAUUUUAAACAUUGUAAAGCAACUGUCGGACAUUCAUAUGAUUAGCUAAGACACUUAAUCCGAAUCGCAUAAAUUCUGUAUCCUCAGUCUUGACGAAGAAAAAUGUUUUAAGUGUAGAACGUAAGGAGUAUAUAGCCAACAAGACCUCAAAUGUGAUUAAAAACAAUUUUAUAACUUUUAGAUUCUUAAGCUUGGACAGUAUGCGAAUUAUGGUGUAAUCAAGACUUUGUUCAGGUGGAUUUGAAAUGAUUAAGGUUGUGACAGUUUCGUUAAAAGGAAAGUCAUGACUUAGUUCUGUUGUUAAUGAUUCGAUGACUAUUGUGUGCAAUCGAGGAAAACUUGUCAGCAUAAAUUCCAGAUUUUCUGUUGACUUAAUUCUGACUUUUUCGAUUGUUGAGCGAUGUUCAAGUAAGAAUUCAUUAAUAUACGUCCGAGGUGGGUAGUUGGUGACUUCCUUGAGACUGAAUUGAUGAUUAAACCAGUCUUGCCAGUUUGGCAUAAAGUAAUAGAAAGUUCCACCUAAAAUUUUCAGUUCUGUCAUAUUUUGCAGGAGCUUUUUCAUAACUUCAAUAGACUUGUUUUCCAAUUGACACUUAAUAACUAGUCUCUCGAUGAUUUUUGAUGUCGAUAAGAUUCCGUUGGGAUAGAUAACAGCAUAUCGGCGAUAUGACAUUGAAAAAAACAUUAAUUUUUUAAGUGACACACGCUUUGUGUCGUGUGAUGUCUGCAAGCUUACUAUUGAGUCUGAGAAUUUGUUAAGAAUAAGUCUGAAUAUAUUCUCAAUCCGUCUAUGCUUUAUAAACUCAUUUUCAUCGCAUAUAAAUCUCAUGUAUUGGUACUGUCGACAGCUAUUUAGCAAUGGAUUUAUGUCCUGAUCCAGUUUACCUUUAUAAUAUAUGGCAACACUCUUCAUACAUCUCUUUGAAUUUGCUAUGUAAUUGUACCAAUGCUUUGAAACUAGUGAGGCAUUAAGCAUGUCUUCACUGUAUAAUUCUCCCAAAAUAAGAUCAGAAAUUUCGGACGGAAAUAGUGACAAGAAGUCCAUAU